ACCCCUGAAACCGUGACCCAUGCAAAUUCUGCUAGUCAGUUACAGGUUAAAACCUCUUCGUCCGGUCGCCAAUAUUCCCUCCCUCUCAAAGCACUCCCAUGGCCUCCGCCACCGUAGGUUCCCCCUCCGACGGCCUUCGCGCGGAGGAGAUUCCCGUUGUCGAUCUCCGCCUCCUCUCCCAGUCCGAACUCCACGCCCUCUCUCUCUCUUCCUCCCCCUCCUUUGACCUCCACCGCGUCGACGACAUCGUCAUCCCCAAAAUCGACCGCUCCGUCUUCAACGAGAGCGCUGGCAGUCGCAAGCAGACCUACUCUCGCCUCCGUCUCGCCCCUGGCAAGUCUGAACUCGCCACCUCCGGCGCCCCCAUUCGUCGCUCCGCCGGUCGCCCCCGUCGACUCCCCGCCCCACGAUAUUAUCCCGACACCGUAGACGAUGAAAACAACAAAAUCGUAGGCUGUUUAAAGCAAUUGUUCGCAGCGGAGGAUUAUAACGAUAAUUUAGUUCAAGUUGAAGUUGAGUAUGGGGAAUCUGUGCCUGAGAUUUACAAUGUCGGUCACUCUUUGCAAGAGAUCCCAAUUGAUGUCAUUGACGGCGGGAAGAAGAGGAGGAGAGGAAGCAAACCUAAGAGCGAGAAGCUGGUGACGGAUAGUGGUCAGAAUGAGCGGGAGGCGAUUGUGAGCUAUGAGAAUCCUGAAGACAGGGAUAGGGAAAUAUUGAAUAAGAAUGGUAUUUUAGUGGAUGCGGUUGCAUUGGCAAAUGCAGAGGAUCCAUUCGGUUCAGAACUGAGCAGGAGGACUGAAGGUUUGGAGACUGAAAUGGAGUUGUUAGGGUUUUUGAGGGAAUUAAAUGGGGAAUGGGGUAGUAGGAGGAAGAAGAGGAAGAUUGUUGAUGCCAGUGAUUUUGGAGAUGCCUUACCGAAAGGUUGGAAGCUUUUACUUCGUCUUAAGAGGAAGGAAGGCCGGGUGUGGCUGAUAUGUAGCCGAUACAUCAGCCCUAAUGGGCGCCGGUUUCUGUCCUGCAAGGAAGUUUCUUCAUAUUUGCUAUCCUUUUUGGGAGCUCAUGACGCAAGCCAGUCAAAGUCUUGUCAUUGUGAUGGAAGUAUUCAGUUGCACUACAGCAUGGUUUCUGGAAAUCAGGCUGCAGAUCUUACCUCUGUAGAUGACAACAAUAGGGAAGACCUCGGUUGCUGUUUACCAUCAUCACCUUUCACUUCUUUACAUAGUGACCACAAAGGCCAAAUCAUGCCACUGAGGACUGGUAUUUCAGCAGAGGUCCAAGCAGGGGAAAUUCUAAAGUGCCAUGAAUGCGCUGUGACUUUUGAUGAACAGGAUGAAUUAGGGAAUCAUGUUCUUUUGUCUCACAAGACUGUAAAGAGGCAGAAAGUUGGUGCAUACAUCAACAACAGGGUGAUUAUUAAGGAUGGGCAAUAUGAAUGCGAGUUCUGCCAUAAAUCAUUCCAUGAAUUGAAACACUACAAUGGCCACAUUGAGUUCCAUCUAAAGAGCCGUGUGAACAAUAAUGGGGCAUCAUCAUUAGUUAUGACUGGGCAAGAGAGCAUUGAUCCUGCAUCCUUUGAUCAAGUUCCUCCUAGGGUAUCUGAUGUUGAAGCAUCAAUUGGAUUUGAUGGUGGUUCCAUUGCAAAACAUUUCAAUGCCAAAGCUGACAAUGAACUGAAUUCUGGUUUUCUGCAUAGUGAAUUAAAUAGAGAUACUGUUAUAGAGACUUGUACUAAUAAAUACAGUCAUGAAGAUAAAGAGAAGAUGAAGGCUAAUAUAAAUGACUCUAGUUUAUUUGAUGAAUCUUGUGAUAAGAAGGAUAGAGAUAAUGUAACUGAUGAAGAACAGGGGAAGGUUGAUAUUGUGGUUGCAAAACUUAAUAUCCACUCAAGUUCUACAACUGCCUCAUCUAAUAACAGAAAUAAAAGUGGUGGAACAGAUAUUGUUGGAUGCAUGCACAGAUUUAAUGAUGCAUUUGAUGGGCAUGAAAGUACUGAAAACUGUUCUCUUGCUGUGUCUUUGAAGGACAGAGCAUGUCAUGUUGAAAAUAAUGCAAAUGAAUUUUCCACUAGCUUAACAGAAGAUCCCAAGACAAACAUAGGUUCUCAGGGUGGUCUACCAAAUCAACAUGAUAACAAAGAAACAUGUAGUGUUGAACAUUAUGAGAAGUGCCUUUUUACUAACACAAUGCAAGAGCUUAAAAUUGAUGAUGAUGAGAAAUUUGAGAGUAAUGGGCAGUUCAAGCAACAAGGAAGUCCCAAUGGCUGUUUGGUUGCUCAAAAUGAUGAAAAAUGUGGUUUUGUAGAUAAUAUGAAUAAGGUUCUAUCUUCCAGCAUCUCUGAUUCCCAGCAGGAAAGAGGUAAUGAAAAUGUUUUAGUCAAUCCUGGUGAUGAGCAAAUGCCUACAGCUGACAAUAAUGUAAUGCCUACAACUGACGAUAAUGUGAACAGAGCUUCUAGUAGCAUACUGGAUGUCCACAAACCUGAUGAAGCCUUCAACUCUAGAGAUAGUGGAUUGACAGUUGGUUUUGGAAGCACUCGUGCUAUACCAGAUGAGAAUGCUGUGACUAGUGUUGAGCAGGAAAGAAUUUCUGAAAGCUGUUCACUUGUGCCAUCCUGGAAUGAGCAAACCAGUGGUGUUGAAAAUAAUGUGAACCAGGUUUCCACUUGCCAAAUAGUAGACUCCGAGCAGGAGAAAUGUUCUGAAGGUAGUUUCUUCAGUCCAUUUGGUAAUAACCAACUCAAUGGGCUUGGAAAUAAUGCAAGUAAUGUUUUUACUAGCACAAUGGAGGAGCCCAAAUCUUGUGAAAGUAAGAAAUUUAAUAGAGAUCCAACCACCGCUUUUGGCUGCAGUCAUACCAAUCUUGAUGUCAAUGUUGUGACUAAUUUUGGCCAGGAAAGAAGUUUUGAAAGUUUUUCAUUUGGUCCAUCUGGAAAUGAGCAAAGAUUGUGGGCUGAUAACGAUGUAAACAUGGUUUCUUGUACCAUGGCAUUGGAGCCCAAGCAGGAUGAGUGUUUGAAAAGCAGUUUAUGUAGGCCAUCUCUUUAUGAGCAAAGAAGUGGUGUUGAGAAUAAUAAUUUGAACCCGGUUUCCACUAGCAUAGCAGGGAAGCCAAAACUACAAGAAACUAAAAGCUUUCUGAAUAAUGAGCUAACCAUUGAUUUUGGCAGCCGUCAGGCUGGACUAGGUGUGGGUGGUGUGACUAGUGUAGCACAAGAAAUAAGUUUUGAAGGUUGCUCCCUUGCUCUUUCUGGGGCAGAGCAAAUGUUUGGUGUUGAAAAUAAUGUAUACGGAGUCUACAGUAGCACAAUGGAGGAGCAGAGGCAGGGAAGAGGUUUUAUAAGUAGUUUACUUAGCCUAUCUGGUAAUGAGCAGGCAAGUGAUGUUGGGAAUAUUAUGAAAAAGGCUUAUACUGAUGCUGUGUGGGAGGGGCCUAGACGAGAGGAAGUGGGGCAUCCUGGGAGUAAUGAACCAGAUACUGGUUUAGGAAGUAGCAGUGCUCCAGCUGGUAUGUGGAAAAGAGGUGAAGGAAAUGGCCUGCAGGAUGAUCUGACUGAUUCUAUGUCUCUGCUCGGGCAACAAUCGAGCUGUUUUCACACCUUUGAUAUAAUGUCUAAUAAGGGUGAGAAUGAAAUCUUUGGGGUCAAUGAGAAGUUUGACCGCAUAUCUGGUUUAGACAGGCUGAGAUCAGGUAGCAUAGAGCAUUUGGAAUUUGACUUUCUGACUUCACAGACAAAUUCUCUUUCAGAUGAUUCCAAGGUUUUGUCAUAUGAUGGUCCAGUUGAGCAAGGGUUUGACACUCCUGUUUGGCUUGAAACAGAAGCAUUGUUGCCAAAGAUUGCUAGCAGGCAUCAGAUUUCUGCCAUAUGUGUGUGGUGCAGAAAUGAAUUCCUUCAUGAGGCAGUGAAUCCUGGAAUACAAGCAGGCUCAAUUGGUCUUAUGUGUCCAACCUGCAAGGCAAGGUUCUGAGUGUAACCAUCUCCUCGACAAUGACAUCCAAGAAUGCUCCAGCUCCAUAAAAUUAUGAUCUUCACAGUUUUUAUUCAGUCAAGGAAAGAUCUUAGAUAUGAGGUAGUUUCAACACUUGAACAAGAAUCAUUUUCUUGCAAGAAAUACUGCUCAACUACAGCUGAUUUCUCAGGUUUUUCCUUGUCCAAUAUUAUACUGGUGGUGGUGAAGGUGUUCAAGUUCAAGGGCACUUGAAGUUUGAUCAUGAUAUACCCUCUGCCAAGAGAGAUUACCAGUUGAACUACAGAUGCACAGCCGAGCAGAUUUAUUCUAUUUGCAUUUUGUCUAAUUUCUCUGUACAUGAUAAUGCUAAUGCAAAAGCAGAUUUGACCCUUAAAAGAGAAAAAAUAUUGAAAAUUAAGGUUUGUACUUUUGGAUUGGAAUCAUUUGAACCUUCUCUAGCCAGUUGCCACCAAAUGAGAAGAAGAUAUGUAAUUUGGAAACACGUGUUACUGGAUUUUUCAAAUCACUCACUUGGGUACAAUUGAUUAUAUGCCUUUUCUUGAAAUGACUUCUAAAACAAUGUUCAUGUUUUUUUUAUUUGAGUUAAUACAAUGAGGCUGCUACAAUGGUUGCUACAUGCCUGGAUUGCAUACAUCAUGCAUAUCAGUUCAGGUGCUGGCUUGUUUGACCGCAAGUUCCAACUAUGAGGACAAUUUGCAUGUUGUUCGUCUGGUUAUCUUCUCACUGAAUGAUCAGUUGUAUUUUUUACCUCUUUUCUAUUUCCGUUUCAGUUUACAAUAUUAUACUGUGAUACUCUCAACUCUUAAUCCAUGAAAAAGAAAGAAAAUGUCCUUUGCUUUUAUAUUUUACACACCAGAAUCCAUGAGGGAACCAGCCAUGGACCUCUAUAGAUAGAUGCAGGUUUUGUAGUUUAUUAUGUGUUUUUCUUUCUUCUUCUUUUCUUCUUCUUCUUCAUUUUUUUUUUUUUUUUGUAGUGUUGGGGGAGUGUGGUCUGUUGUGGGGGAUGAUCUCUUAGUAUUUACAUUGUACUUACCUGCUUCUUCUUUAGAUCCAAAUGAUGGUUUUAUCUAGGAAUGUUUUGGUGCAUCUAUCCAUAUUUGAGUUGUGCAGUUUAUUUUUAUUUUUCCUCUUAUUAUUUUUCUCCCAGUGUUUUGGUUUUGUUGCAGGUUCGGGGGCAUGCCGGGAUGUGGUUUGUGGGGAUGAAGAUUACUUUUCAUUUUCAUUGCAGUUCCCCACCAUCUCAUCAACUCCGAAUGAUGGUUUUUUAUUAAAUGAAAGGAUUUCCCCUCUUCGACGACAAGGAGACGGAAAUUGAAGUAGAUGACCAAUGUGUCUUUAGUUGACUUGAGCAAAAGGCCUAGUAUUGCUAAUGGUCAAAUAAGCAGACACGUGAAGAUGUUGAAGAACUUAUUGGAGACAACCAAAAACAACUUCAAUGCA